AUGCGUUUCUCCUACCUCUCCCUCACAGCGGCCUGGGCGUCGACUGUCGUGGCCUCGCCCCUGGUAAGCCGGGCAAGCAGUGCGAGCUGCGAGAACACGGCCAGCAGCCGUUCCUGCUGGGGCGACUAUAACAUCGCGACCAACUACUACGAAGAGGUGCCCGACACGGGUGUGACCCGCGAGUACUGGUUUGACAUUGUCAACACGACCGCCUCACCCGACGGCGUGGAGCGUAUCGUCCUCUCGGUCAACGGCACAGUUCCGGGCCCAACGAUCAUCGCGGACUGGGGCGACACUGUUGUUGUCCACGUGACCAACUCGAUGGAGAACAAUGGCACUGGUAUCCACUUCCACGGCAUCCGGCAGAACUACACGAGCCAGAUGGACGGCGUGCCGUCGGUGACGCAGUGCCCGGUGGCGCCGGGAUCCAGCCACACGUACACGUGGCGGGCGACGCAGUACGGCUCGUCCUGGUACCACUCGCAUUUUUACGUGCAGGCAUGGGACGGAGUAUUUGGCGGGAUCGUGAUCAACGGCCCUGCCACGGCCGACUAUGACGAGGAUCUCGGCUCGCUCUUCCUCAACGACUGGACGCACGAGACGGCCGACCAGGUCUUGCUCAAGGCCGAGGCGUCGGGGCCGCAGACGCUGGACAACGGCCUCAUCAACGGCACCAACGUCUACACCACCACGGACGAUACCGUUGUCGGCUCCCGCUUCGAGACCCAGUUCAGCGAGGGCAAGCGGUAUCGGCUGCGUCUCGUCAACGGCGCCGCCGACACCGUCUUCAAGUUCACCGUCGACAACCACACGCUCGAGGUCAUCGCCACCGACUUCGUGCCCAUCCAGCCCUAUGCCACUGACGUCGUCAGCAUCACCAUGGGUCAGCGCUACGACGUGAUCAUCACGGCCAACGCCACCACGGACGACUAUUGGCUGCGUGCCAUCCCUCAGACCAGCUGCAGCGACAACGCCAACGCCGACAACAUCCGCGGCAUCGUCCGCUACUCUAGCUCCUCCACGGCCGACCCGACCACGUCCGCCUGGGAUGCCGCCGCUGUCGACAGCUGCUACGACGAGGAUGCCUCUCUGCUGGUGCCCUACCUCGCCAUCGCCGCCUCUGACGCUGACGUGACCGACAGCUUUGACGUCGAGGUCACCCUAAGCAACAACGCCUUCCUCUGGGAGAUGGGCUCGUCUACCUUUGUCAACGAGUGGGACUACCCGACCCUGCAGCAGGUUGCUGACAAGAACGACACCUGGGGCGCUUCCCAGAACGUCUACGAGUUUCCCAAUGCCGACACCUGGGUCUACUGGGUCAUCCAGACCAAGAACAACGCGCCCCAUCCGCUGCACAUGCACGGCCACGACUUCUGGAUCCUCGGCCAGGGCACCGGCACCUACAACGCCAGCACGGCCAACCUCUCUCUCGUCAACCGUCCUCGUCGUGAUGUCGUCCAACUGCCCGGCGAUGGCUACGCCGUCAUCGCCUUCUAUACCGACAACCCAGGUCACAGGCUUGGCUCAUGCACUGCCACAUUGCCUGGCACACCACCGAGGGUCUAG